GGUUGGUCCCUCUGUCUUCUCCCUUACGAUCGUGGCCUGUAACGUUCCUGUGUUAAGUGCCAGAAUGAGUGAUCGCUAUCUAGAACAAAGGAUUAGUAUCAAGUUUUGUGUGAAAUUGAACAAGUCUGCAAGUGAGACCCACCAUCUUUUAAAAGAAGCUUAUGGGAAUGAAGUCAUGUCGAGGGCCAGAGUUUUCGAUUGGCAUAAAAGGUUUAAAGAAGGGCGGGAAGAUGUUCGAGAUGAUGCCCGAAGUGGUCGACCAGUUACCCACCGGACAGAUGAAAAUAUCCAGAAAGUCAAGGACUUAGUUUGUUCAAACAGGCAGUUAACAGUGAGGAUGAUGGCUGAAGAGUUAAAUUUAGAUAAAGAAACUGUUAGGCUCAUUCUGAAAGAGAACUUGAACAUGAGGAAAGUUUCUGCAAAAGUUAUAUCUGGUAUUUUGAAAAAUGACCCUAAAUCUGGAAAACUUGACUUUCAUUCUGACCUUUCAAAAGAAACUAGGAAAAAUAGCUUGUGUGUGAAGAAAAAGGUAACGGGCUCUGAAACAUGGAGUCGUCUCCAAUGUGAAGCUGGUGGAGAAAUGCCUCCGCCUGUAUCCCAUCCCAGAAUCCACUAUCCUGCCAGCCACCUUCUGCAGGCGUCAUCGUCAACUAGCCUUCCCACAAGGACAGCUCAGGAUUGGUUCACACCGUGGUGAAAGGACUGUGGGGUAGCUGAAGCCGAGCUAGAAAGCUGCUUCACUGUUAGGCACCUACAUUUGCUUCUUGUCUAUUUUCAGUCUUCUCUACCACCCCUCCCUACAUGUCAUGACUCUUCUAGUUACUCUGCUGGAUUGUUGGGCUAUCUUCUUUGUUGUUCUUCACAACUUUGAAGAACUUUUGCCUGUUGGCUUCUCUUUCUUGCUUGUCCUUGAUUUCUUUUGCUUAACAAGUUUGGAUCUCCUCACUGCCCAGAUCUUAGGUUGUUGUGGCUGCCCUGUUCCUUUGUUCUCAGCAUUCUGCCUCGGGACCAUACCAGUGAUAGGUGGUAACAGGAUCUCCUGGAGUCUAUAUCUCUUUGCCCAGGGAGUCAUACUUUUCUGGGAAGACCCCAAGAGAAGGCCUCCAGUUCCAGCCUGCUUCACAGUCUGGGCCUGAGGUACAGUGCAGAAGGAAGUGACCUGCUGACAUAGUAAGCAAUGCUAAGGGCCAAUCUAGCCCAAAUGACUCAGUGCGAGCCCCUCAGAACUUGAGUUGGCUACCCAUACUGAGCUUACAGACCUACCUCUCAUGAAAGAGCUGAGUUUGUUUCAGUCUAGUCCUAUGCUUUGGAUAUCCCCUCUGCUGGAAGAGGAGGAUCUGGUUCUAGAAAAUAUAAACUAGGGGACUCAGGCCUAGGCUGUGAUGUGUAGGGAGGAAGGUCAGGUGACACUCUAGAGUCUACAUUAAGGGAACCUACUGCCUACAUGUUGAUUCCCACACAGCAGCCUGUUUUUAAUAACUAGUAUCAACAUUGUUAAGUGUUUUUUGAGCACCUGCAGUUUUUAGAACACCGAUGGGCAUUGACAAUGUGAAGUUAUGAAACAGGAUCACCAAGGCUGAGUGGACUUCAUGGAUGAAGUGGUUCUUGAACUGGAUCCAUAAGGAAAGAUGGGACAAGGGGUAGAAAAUUAGGGAAAGUUUCACAGGCAGGUGGAACAGCUGAGGCUUUGAACCUGCAUUAGUAGAAAAAUAAUGGCACUUUUGGCUGAAAUAGCAAAGUCUAGAGAGAAAGAUAAUGGUGGUGUAGAAGAUGAACAAUUUGGGAUAAUUUGUUUCCUCUGCCCCCAGCUCCAUGCCAGUUGUUUAUAAAUUGCUUCCCCUAAGUCUGGAUAAGUUUAUAAUAACCCACUUGUUUGAUUAUCUAAAUUGCCCAUACCCUAUCUCCCCAAAAGCAGUCUCUACAAGUUCAGACUCCUUUAUCUCUUUCUGCUUCUCUGUCAGGAUUUAUGGAAUGGAACUUUUCCCAAGUGGAUUCCAAGUAAUACCACAUAGACUGGAAACAUCUCAGAACUCCUGGUAGAAGUGCAGGCAGGGGGAUGGUUAGUAACAGCAUUUCACAGGGUUGGCCAAUCUCUGUGUUUUAGUCAAGGAUUUUUACAUUUUACAGCUCCUGUUAUUUAACUAAUAAGUUGGUGAACAAUGUCGAUUGAUAGUAGAGGCCCAACACUUAUUUAUUCAAUAAUUAUUUUUAGUUCUGUUUUUCUCGUAUCACCUUCAAAAAAUUACAAGUUCUUCACUAAUACCUAUCUGUUUGGAGGCACCAUGAAACCUAGACCUUGUCCCACAAAUAAAAGAUAUUGUGCAAGAAAACUCUAAGCAACAGCUUAUAGACUUCACCUACUUAGCAAUUUCUAGACAUUCCAUUUCAGGACCAUUACAUCUUCCUACAUUCGGUGAGAUCCUGGGUUCCCUGCAAGCACUUCCCACUGCACUCUGGAACAAAGCCACCAUGACUGGCUCUUGCACUUUUGUGACAACUUCAUAUUAAUCCUUACUCAAGCCCAGUGGUAAUUGUUGCAGAAUUGUGUGCUCCUGGGCCCGGGCCAGGAUCCCACAACAGUACCUACAGGCAUUAUCCCCAACCUAUUAUAACACAGGGAUCCUGAGAGAACUUAUUUCUUGAUUUCUUCCUGUCCUGUGUACAGGGCUGUAGUGUUCAUUCCAAAGCUGGACCAAGACCAUGCUGGACUGUAGGGUACCAGGAACAGUGUUGUCCCAGACAGGGUCUGAACACAGCAACCAGAAGCAGGUAAUCAAGAGUAUAAAUUCAAAUUGUUCCAAGUAGCUAAAAUGAAAAAGACUUAUUUUAUUACCUUAGAUUACGUCCCAAGUAGAAAUCAGGUCAAACUAUCACCUGAACCCAUUGCCCGUUUGCAAGAUUUCCCAGAAAAUGUUCAAUUAGAUGAUAAACCUAACGUGCUUCAGAUAUUGGGGAAGUGAGAAUACUGCCAUUACACUCAUUCAGAGCAAACCAUUCACACAUGGCUGCUCAGACUCACUAAACCUCAGACUAGAGCAUGAUUUAGGAGUAUCCCCAGAUGGAGAGUUCUUGUAUAACAGUACUCCUUUUGUGCCUACCCACCAAAUCUGUUUUAUUGCUAACAUGAAUUUUGCUCUGGCCUGCACCUUGCCGCCCAGGGCUCUUGAGUUCUUGAUCAUAUAAUCUCAGGGAUCCACUCAUCAUCUUGCCACAGGCUGUUGUCCUUGGCUUUUCUCAGACACUUCUCAGUUUAUUCUCCACCAGUUUGCUCUUGUUCCUCUGUUUCCCUGGUGCUUUUGUUUUCUGGUUCUGGACCUCACCUCCCUCCAGUAGCUGCUUUUGGUCACUUUUGGUGUACUGAUCUCGAAUUGCCCUUUUGGUCAUGGUUUUUCACUCAGCUUAUACUCGCUUCUGAUUUUUGGAUCCCUCUUCCAGCUCCUACUUUAGUCCUAUAGUCUUGAGUAAGGAAAUUGUCUAUUCUAUCCUUGGCCCCAGGUUGCUUUCCUGCCCUCAGGAAGUGGGGUGGGCAACAUGGGGGAAUGUGUUCUUGUUUUUGAUAAUGGAGGAAAAAACUCCUUUCUUGUUUUUGAUAAGGGGCAUAGAAAAAAGGGGAUGGGGGGAAAGCUCCUUUCCACCGGUAGCCACCAGGGCUUGUACUCCCCAGUGGCAAACAGUGUUACUAGUUUCUCAGUGAGGCAAUUUUGUUAAUUCUGAUACUCAAAAGUCAUGAAAGUUUUUCAGAGAUGUAACAUCCAAAUCCAUUCUCCCAGCAACUGUAUUUUCUCUGGCAGGAGAAGCUCUAUGUAACUGUAGGAAAUGAAGCCUGGCUCUCUGUAGGAUGUAAGGAAAGUUGGCCAUCUGCAGGCCUUGACCAUAAUUCUCGAGUUUAAUCAGUUCAUGAAUUUCUUUAGCUUUCAGGCUGAUCUCCCUGCCCAUUCCAUCUAGUGGAAUGCUAUAUGCCACAACUGGCAGUCCAGAAGGAAUAGAUACCUUCCAGGGCAGAUCAUCCUAUUGUUGAUUUUAUCCAAUUUUCCCAUUACCGCACCCUACUUUACUCCGCCUGUCCCACUGGUAAUAAUCAGAAACAGAAAGAAUAAAAUGUCCAACAAUCUUUGAUUUCGAAAAGCCUGUAGAUACUUUUGCAGUCUUCUAAAUUCUGUCCCUGGUUCUGAAUCCUAUUGAAAUGACAUUGUUUGGGAAGAAUGUGUACCUGGGGCCUGCUUUCCAUAGCCUUCCUUUCAGAUCCAUUUCUUAGAAUUCAUACUUGCCAUUGGAGAUUUCCAGAUAAAUCUGGAUGCUAAAUGAUUUGAGGAUAUCUAGAAAAGAAGUGGGGUACUAUUGGGGGACUGUCACUGUAUCGCAGUGACACUGUUCAACCAGCCUGCUAUUUGCAGACAUCAUUGCCAGCAAGUUUCACUAGGCUCCUUGAGAUUGCAUCUCACCAGUAUCCCAUGUGGCUCAAUUAGUAAGAGCUUUUGCUUUUGGAAUUGUAUACAUAACCCUGUGUUCUAUUUUGUAGUUGGAUCAGACCGCUCAGAUUUUACCAGGCUUUUACAUCCUAUCCAAGGCAACCCUCAUAUAUUUAUCUUCUGUAGCCUCUGCCUUAUUUGAUCCUUGCAAAUAUUGUCCCAGUUGCAUCACCCUUCUUCCAGUAUUGAUACUCAGAAACAAAAAUUCUGCAGUGAGAAACUUCAAUACCUCUAAGGACCCACUUGGGUCUAGUGAAGCGGUCAGAAAGGGAAAUGUCUUAGGAUUUGUGGGCCAUACAGUCUAUUAUAACUACUAAACAUUUUAUUGCAAAAGCAGACAUAGCUAAUAUGGAAACAGGCAUGGCUGUGUCCUAAGAAAAAUUUUUUGUGGAUGUUGGAAUUUGAAUUUCAUAUAAUGUUCACAUAUUACAAAACAUUAUUUUUAUUUUUUCAACCAUUUAAAAAUGUGAAAACUAUUCUUACACUUCUUAACUUGUACACUGUAGAAAAACAUAGUAGGCCACAUUUGGCCCAUGGCCCAUAGUUUGCCAACCCCUAACCUAGUGUAUAUCAAGUGUGUAUAUAAAAUGACAGAUGAUUGAUUCUUUUACAUCAAUAACAUUGUUAAUGCCAAAUUGAUCGGGCAGUGCCUGACAAUUUACUAUCUAGAGAUUGUGGAAUAUUGAAGGGAAUCUUUAUGGUGCCAGGAGAGUGAACUAGAGGUGAAUGAUUGACGAUUUUACCUUGACCCUAUUCUGGUUCACAAAAUGAGUUUUGUGCUGUUUUUGACUAAAAAUGAUAGUACACAAACUACUACCUAUAUAUGUCUGUAAUAUCUCAAAAACAAUUCUGGCAAUAUUGCAAAUGGUACCAAGUUGCAACCAGUAAUAAUGAACUGAAGGUGGUUUCAAAAUAGCCUUGACGAUGGGCAGCAUUCUAAUAAGUUUAUCACCUACAAAAGUGACUACUAUGGAGGUGACAAAACUCACCAAAUUAUGUUUUUUUGCAUAUGUGUAGAAAAAUUAUAUUUUUGUUUUUGUUUUUUGGUGGGUUUUUUCCCCCCGCAACUGGUGUCAAGCUAUGUCCUUUUAGGUGUGUUUACUUGUUUUUCUCCUAAAGAAAGCCAUAUUGUAUCACCUUCAUUUAAAGUGAUUUUCCAAAGUUGAGUAGAAUCUCAGGAUUGUACAGACCUUUACACAAGUGUUUAAUCCAGCCAGUCAUGUUUCCCUUGAACCUAGGAGUGAUUAAAUCCUACAGCUGCUGAAAAACUACAUCUGAAAGAAGAUUCUAUGUUACUUCCACAAAUUUUUGUUGAGUAGCUGUAUGUGCCAGGCACUGUCCUGUGUGCUGGGGUAUGGCAAUGUACAAAACGGAUACAGGCGUUAGAUCUGACAGUCUGAAAUCUAAUUAUAUUCCUCCACUUUUGCAAAACUUCUGUUGCUCGAGCACACACUAACUCAUUAUUAAUUGCAUACCUGGAAAUAGGUAUGACCUUUGCCACAGGCGCGCUCUGUAUGUUCCACUUAAAUUUUAUUAUCCUUUAGACAGAUCUCUGUUGGUAGAAAAACACGCUGGCCAUGUUGGUAGUGUAAAUUGGCAGCAGCUUUCUGUAAAGCAAUUUGGCAGUAUCUAUCAGGAGCUUUAAAAAUGUUUAUAUCUUCUGAUUCUUUAAUUUCCACUUCUGGGAAUCUGUCCUAAAGAAAUAGUCUAAAAUGUGAGUGGAAUUUAUGCUUAACAAUCCAGAAGUCCAACAGUAGAAAAUUGGUUAAAUAAAUUGCAGUGUGACUAUACAAUAGACUAUUAUGCAGUCAUUAUAAUUAAUGUUUAUGAAAAGUUAAUACAGCUUGGCAAAAUGCUUAUAAUGUUAAGUGAAAAGAGAUGUACAAAAUGUAUAUAUAAAUCCAAAAAUGUUUUUAAAAUAACUAGUAAGGAUAUGCUAUGGGUGGUUGGAGUAUGAGUAUUUUUUUAAUUUUCUUGUUUCUUACCUUUUAAAAAAUAUUCCCGAAAUAUUAUUACUUUUAUUAUCAGAAUAAAACAAUAACACCAAAAGUUGACAAUGAAAGAGUGAGUGAGGCCAAACCACUAGUUUGGUCCAUGAACAGUUAACUGGCUUGGUUGACACAGAGGCUGUAUGAUAUUGUGUUGUUAGUGAGAGUGGGACAGAAGGAAGAACAGCCUGCCCCAGAGGAGAAGGGGAUAUGACCAAAAUUCCUACGGAAAACCAAAGUGGUAUGAGAAGACACCACAAGUGGCAUGCACCUGUUAUGUAGUCCUUGGUAGGUGAAGGAGCUUGUAGGAAUCAAGUAUAUUCUGACAAAUAGAGAAAGAUAUGAAAUACUCUCCUGGGUAAAAUUAACCUCCUUUGGAUUUUGUUCUUACAUUUUCUCAUACAAAGUGAAUAUUCUCAAGAUGGAUUUUGUUAUAGCUGAUUCAUUAAAGGAUCCUUGAACCUUCCCUACAAUUUCUUAAGGAUGAUAAUGGCUUUCGAUGUGCCAAGUCUACCUCCUCCCAUACUAGGACACUCAAGCAACAUGGAUGUACACCAGAAUAUUUGGUAUUCCACACUGAGAAUACAAGCAUAUCAUUAGUCGUCUUAAUUUUGUAACCUACAGAAAAAAACUAAGCUUUGCAAAUGUUAUUUUGUUGGUGUCCAGAAUUACUGUGCUUUUAAUUUAUGUCCGAAGAGUAAUCAUGGGAUUUUAAAAUGAGAAAUGAUGUAGAUAAUACCUGUCUAUCAAUGAAAUUGUUGUUGUGUUGGGAAAAUGUGUCCUUCAUUGUCGCUUUAGCGAAAUGUUUAUCAUUAAAAUGCCAAAUAUAUCUCCUCGGUGAAAUUUCAGACUUUCAAAUGAUUACACAAGGUAAAUACAGAUUUUAUAGGCAUAUAAAUUAUAGAUUUGUCAAGCGAGAGAGUUCUUCAAGAUCAAAGUCUAAGUGUCUUGGUUAUAAAAAGAACAAAAGAGUGUGACUUGGGUUUUAGUUUUUCUUCUUAACAAGCCAUUUGACCGGGCGAUUCAUGUGCACUCUUGGAACCACUAUAGUUUACUCAUCUAUAAAAGAAUAAUAACACCUA